AUGGUGCUGUUGCUGUUUCAUGCUAAGCAAUCACCUUAUCACCCUCUGCUUGGCUCCUGCAGGUGUCCUGCAGCCUGUUGCACGUUUGAACAUUCAGACAUCCUAACAUGUGAUUGUCAUCGUGGCUCUUGGAGAUCUGAGGGAAUGAGCAAGGUCCCGGUGCCUGGAUCUACGAUGAGAGUCUAA